AGGCUCCGCCCAGCAAGACCGCCCCUGCAGGACCUUCCUGCAGCCCGCCUCCCCUCUCCGCGCCUCGGCGCCGCGAGUCCGCGGCCAAUGGCUGGCAAGAGGGCGGUGGCCGUGGUCCCGGCUCGCGGCGGCUCCGUCUCCGUCCCCCUAAAGAACAUCAAGGAGCUGGGCGGCAGGCCUCUGCUGGACUGGUGCGUGCGCUCGGCCCUCGACAGCGGCGUCUUCGCCGAGGUCUGGGUCAGCACGGACCACGACGGCAUCGCCGCGGCCGCCGAGCGGUCUGGUGCCCGGGUCCACCGGCGCGCCCCGGAGACGGCCACGAACACGGCGAGCACAGAGUCGGCCCUGGUGGAUUUUGCCAACGCCCACCCGGAGUUCGACGUAUGUCCAAGAGCAGACAGCGGCAACCAAGCUCAGGGAAGGAAGAGGUACCGAUUGCGCUACCAUUCCGCUGCAGCCGCGGCCGGACUCGCCUCCAGGUCUUGGUUCGGUGGCCACAGGUGAAUCCUGCCCCCGCCCCCCUAGAAAUCGUGGGGGGUGGGGGUAGGGUUCACAUGUGGCGGUCUAUUGGUCAGAGCGCACCCCGGCAGAGGCCCAUGGAGCAGCAGUAUCGGCAGCUAUUCUUUGUCCUCCCGUGAACUUCCGGAGGUGCCUUGUGCAUUGCUGGGGUCGGCGCGGCACUUUCCACAUCCUCGCCGCCCCGCCGGGCUGGGCCCCUGGCGCCAUGGUGUGGGGAGGUUUGGAUGCAACUCCUGUGAUCAAGGCCUCCUAGAUGGGGUCGGAGUAGAUGGGGUCGGAGGGUCGCGCCG